AUGACGAAUAGAAUGGCUGAUAUUAUUUCGAUGUCAGCUUUGUCGGUUGUUGGAAUUCUUGGCAAUUUGGUGGUGAUUUUUGCAAUAUCUGGAGAUAAAAUGAUGAGAAAAUCUGUGAUGAAUAUACUAUUGAUGAAUUUGGUGAGAUUUUGAAAAACUUAUUUUGAAUAAGGACUGAGGAAUCGAGCCAGGUCCAAUUUUUAGGAGUUGUCUGAUGUAUCAUUUAAUAAAGGUUACCGUUUUUUCGGGCUCUUCAAAAUUUCCACAAGAAAAUCCUGGCACGAUUCAAAAACUCAAUUUUUCAGGCCAUCGCCGAUUUAUCAAAUCUCAUAUUCACUGUACCGGAAUGGACUUCAAUCGCUUUAAAUAGUGGAAAAUGGUAUGUUUACUUCCUUCUUGAGUAAAUUCGAUAAUUGCGGCAAUAAAUAAAAACAUUCAAAGUGCCUCUAUGUUUUUUCGAAAAAGCCAUAUUUUGAGAGGGAAAUGUAAUGAGUUCAAAUUUUUUUAACGAACGGAAGAAAGACGGCAAGAUUUUUGAGCGACGAAAAAAACAAAAUAGUGCAGUUAAGAGAAGAAAAUUGCAGGAUUUUGCCGGAUGUUAUGUGUCCAGUCAGUCGAUAUUUGGAAAUUGUUUUCUUAUUUACAUCUAUUUCGACGCAGUUGAUUGUAUGCAUUGAAAGGUAAUCAAAUAUUCGAAAUCUCUGAUGAAAAUCCUCGAUUACAAAACUAACUCAACAAAAGUCCAUUUCAGAUACAUCGCAAUAGUUCUCCCAAUGCAAGCUCGUCAUUUAUGUUCUCGUCGAAAUGCGGCACUCGCUAUUUUCAUUGCUUGGCUUUUCGCCGCCAUAUUUGCGACUCCAUACGCAGCAUUAAGUUACAUGAGAAAUGGUAAGUGGAAACCUAAAUAUCUAGGAUAACUUUUAAGCUUAAAGUGUGGUUUCCCACGGUGUUUGUUUACAAUCAAGUCUAGAACUAAUGAAAUCCUUUUAAAGAUCAGAAUCAGCUUUUUUUCCUGCUAGCUCAUUUUUCAAGAAUACUAGACGGAAUUAGAAAAAGCCACGUUUGAAAAAUUUUAAUCCUCAAGUUGGAUUUCAUAUUUUUCUGGAAAAAACUCACGUCGAUCCGAAAUAUGGUGAGGCUUGCUCGCGUGGAAUUUGUUUUUUGAUAAAACUUUUCCUAACAAAAAGAUUCCGAGACUAUAUUGUAUCCCACCCAUCUUGUUUCCUUUACGAAGGUAAUUUUCCACGAAAAAGUUCCGAGAAGAAAAAAACGAAAAAUUGUUAUUCAACGUGUAGAUGACAGCCAGAUUUUAUUCCAAACAACUCGAAAAUUAAUCCAUUCACAACAAAAAAGAUGAAAACAAAUUUGAAGGGACCAUUUUUCAGAAAGUUGCUCGUUGAAACAAGUCAAAUGGUGGAACAGCUAUAAACUUGCCGAAUUUCUACUUUUCUAUUUCAUUCCGUGUCUUUGCAUAAGUGGUGUUUAUACAAAAGUUGCAGCUGUUCUCUGGGCCAAAGAUCCAACUUUGAACAAUGAAGGUAAGUAAAACUCUAAUAAAAAGAUCGGUUCAUUGGCAUCAGAAUAAACCUCCAAUGACCAACGUUCUGAAUCUGAUCGCCACAAUUCUAAUCCUCCUUGUUUUUAAUAGAAUCACUUUAAUCUUUUAGCAAACAUCAGUUUCAGUUGUACUCUGAAACUUCAUAAUUUGGUUUAUGAUUCAAAACUAUUUUUUUCUAAAAAAAACAUAUUCCAGCUCGACAUUGUCUUGAAAAACCAAAAACAUCAUCUCGUAGCUCGGAUGCUUUGCGAACUCGUCGAAAUGUUGUCAAAAUGUUGAUUGCCUGUGUGGCUGUAUAUUUCAUCUGUUAUUCGCCUAUUCAAUUCAUAUUCGUUGCAGAGUAUGUUUCAUUUUAUUUAUUUUUCUUAACAAACUUAUAUAAUUUGUUUCAGAAUACUUUUCGAUUUUCAAUUCAAGCACAGUGGUACUUGGGGAUUUAUUUUCAGUGUGUUAGCCAUGACGUGUUCGGCCAGUAAUCCUCUUCUAUACACACUUUUCUCAACAAAGUUCAGACGGAGGUAAGAGGAACUCUUUAUAUUUCUUUGUUGUGAAACGAAUGAAAAAAGAACAGAUGCAGAAGGAAGCAAAUCUGAUUCCAAAAAUAAUUUAAUUCGAGGCGCAUUUGACCGAAAACAGGCAGUUUCUCACGUAUGACAAUAAUUUUAGACUUUCAGGUUACGCGAUGUGAUCUACUGUCAAUCUUCAAAAUCUCAUCAGAAACAAAAAGAGCUUCUGAAACGGAAUUAUGUAUCGAUCAAUAACACAACAAUAACUGCAACAAGGGCUAGUUUCAAUUAA